GUGGAAGGGCCUUGAGUCUACACUGCCAUAUAAUCCAGUUUAAAUCAGAUAAUCUGUAUUUUAUAGGCAGUGUGGAAGAGGCCUAAGUGAGGCCUAACUCUGCCUGUCCCCUGGGCUGAGUGGGUUGCUAGGAGACCAAGUGGGCGGAGCUUAGCCUUCUAACUGGCAGCAAUUGGAUAGAAACAAUUAUUCUUCUCCCUUUAAUUAGGAUUUUAUUUUUCUUUCCUUUUUGUUGUAUGAACGUAGAGGCAUGGAUGAGGGGUUGUGCUGCCAAGUUUAGUGUUUCUGGAAUGUGUAGUUUUGUUGUUUUGUCCUAGGCCGAAAUUUCAUUACCCUUUUAUAUAUAUAGAUUAUUAGUAUUAUAUUGGAUUGAUCUCUAUUUGCUGAAAAUACGGAGCCCCUGUUGGCACAGCGGGUUAAACAGCUGAGCUGCUGAAAUUGCUGACCAAAAGGUUGGCAGUUCGAAUCCGGGGAGCUGAGUGAGCUCCCGCUGUUAGCCCCAUCUUCUGCCAACCUAGCACUUCGAAAGCAUGCUAAUGUGAAUAGAGCAAUAGGUACUGCUCCGGCGGGAAGGUAACGAUAGUUUCUGGGCAAAAAGGGGCAACAGCGACUGCAUUGUCUGUAGCUUUAAAUAAUUUUUUAUUUUCUUUUGUGUCAAAAGCAUUGCAUAAAUAAAUAAGUUUAAAACUGAUGAAAUAAAGGGAUCACAGGCAGCUAAGACAGACCAAAAAGGGGCAACAGGGACUGCAUUGUCUGUAGCUUUAAAUAGUUCUUCCUCUGGGCAUGAGGCAAGGCAUUGUGGGCAAGCACACAGGUGCUGAGUUGUUUGUUUUGGAGGAUUCUUCUUGGUGGGGCCAUUUUGCCAGGUUGUCUUUUGGUCUGCUUGGAAUUGCCUGAUUUUGCUGCCUACAGAGAUAUUAUUUCUGUUGCUGGAGGAAUAUAUAUGAGACUUUUCCUUGAUUUACGUCUACUGGGAAGAGGCUGGUAGCCAUGCGGUCUAUAUGACAAAUGUUCGUACACCGUCCUUGACCGAGGAUGGGUCCUGGGAAUCAACAACAUGAGCGAUCAUGGCAAGAGAGAUCCCCGGUAUUUUUUUUCCUUGAAGACGGACCGUGCCCGGAAAGUCACAACCAUCACAGACCACCGCAGCUACCUCCCAAACCAAUGGGUCCACCUCGCCAUCACUUAUGAUGGACACCUGAUGAAGCUUUAUGUGAAUGGUGCCCAGGUGGCAACGAGUGGGGAACAAGUGGGAAGCAUUUUCAGCUCUUUAACCUCAAAGUGCAAGGUGCUCCUCCUUGGAGGCAACGCCUUGAAUCAGAAUUACCGAGGCUAUAUUGAACAUUUCAGUCUUUGGCGAACAGCUCGGUCUCAGAGGGAGAUUCUGACGGACAUGGCCCUGGUGACUCAUGGAGAAGAUGCUCCUCUACCUCAGCUAGUUUUUCAGGAGACUUUAUUGAAUGUGAAAAGCAUCUGGUCCCCCAUGAAGGAUAGUCCAAGUCUUCCUCAGAUUGAAUCAAUUUCCCAUCCCGACUACUUGUUGGACGCAGGUCUUGAGCCUCCUCCAUGUGGGCAAACGGUCUGUGAUAACGUGGAGGUCAUCACCAGCUACAACAACCUCCCAAACUUUCGGCGCAAGAAGGUUGUCCGCUACCGUGUGGUGAACAUCUACGAUGACUAUCAUCGGAACCCAACCAUCAGCCAGAAACAGAUAGAAUUCCAACAUCGGCAGCUGAAUGAUGCCUUCAGUCCUUACAACAUCACCUGGGAACUCGAGGUGUUGGAGGUGAAGAACUCCACCCUGCGACAUCGCCUCAUCCUGGCCAAUUGCGACAUUAAUAAGAUUGGGGAUGAGAACUGUGACCCAGAGUGCAACCAUACCUUGACCGGAUAUGACGGAGGGGACUGCCGGCAUGUGCGACAUGUGUCAUUCAACAGGAAAAAGCACAACGGUGUGUGUGACAUGGAUUGUAACUACGAGAAGUACUACUUUGAUGGUGGGGAUUGCUGUAACCCAGAGAUCACAGAUGUCACCAGGACAUGCUUCGACCCACAUUCUCCUCACAGGGCAUACCUAGAUGUCAAGGAACUGAAGAACUUGCUCAACCUGAACGGGUCAACACAUCUUAACAUCUUCUUUGCCAACUCUUCUGAGGAAGAGCUGGCUGGCAUGGCCACCUUUCCGUGGGACAAAGAAGCGUUGGUCCACUUGGGAGGAAUUGUGUUGAACCCUUCCUUCUACGGCAUUCCCGGCCAUACCCACACCAUGAUCCACGAAAUCGGGCACAGCCUGGGCCUUUACCAUGUCUUCAAAGGCAUCUCGGAGAUCUUCUCCUGCAGUGAUCCAUGCAUGGAAACCGAGCCUUCCUUUGAGACGGGCGACCUCUGCCAUGACACCAACCCAACUCCAACGCACAAAGUCUGUGGUGAUCCGGCCCCUGGCAAUGACAUGUGUGGUUUCCGUAGCUUCCAGAACACACCUUUCAACAACUUUAUGAGCUAUGCAGAUGAUGAUUGUACCAACUCCUUCACACCCAACCAGGUGGCCAGAAUGCAUUGCUACUUGGACUUGGUCUACCAGGGCUGGCAGCCUGAAAAGAAGCCGGCCCCCAUUGCUCUCAUGCCGCAAACGGUGGAUUGGACAAGCUCUUCCAUCACCCUGGAGUGGUUUCCUCCCAUUGACAGGCAUUACUUCGAAAGAGAAGUGGGAUCAGCAUGUGACCUCUGCGUGGAAGGCCAGGUCCUGGUGCAGUAUGCGUUCAGUGCCUCCUCGCCCAUGCCCUGUGACCCAUCAGGACAUUGGAGUCCCCGAGAAGCAGAGGGCCACCCUGACGUGGAGCAACCAUGUAAACCUGAUGUUAGAACAUGGAGCCCCAAUUCAGCAGUGAAGCAAAUAGUCCCACCAGCCUGCCCUGAACCUCAAGGUUGCUAUCUGGAAUUGGAGUUUCAGUACCCUGUGAUCCCGGAGUCGCUGACCAUCUGGGUGACCUAUGUUUCCCCCGAUUGGGACUCGAAAGAAGCCGUGAACAACAUCAAGCUCCUGAUGGUCAGCGGGCGGAACGUUUCCUUGGGGCCCCAGAACUUCUUCUGUGACAUUCCCCUUACCAUCAGGCUCGACCACACAAAAGUGAACGAGGAGGUCUACGGGAUCCAGAUCUACACCUUGGAUGAGCACUUGGAGAUUGACGCUGCCAUGAUCAGCUCUGUCCCGCAGAGUAAGUGGUGUGCCCACUGCCGUGCCAUCCACUACAAAGUCACACGGGACCCGCCGUUCCAGAAGGGCUCUUCGGCCUUCAUCUCAGAUCUCAGCCGGAAAUUCGUGGACACUGAAAUCAGAGCAGGAAACCAGUACACUUACUGGGUCUCGGUUCUCUCUGGGACAGAAGAGAGUGAAGCGUCCCCACCCCUCACCUAUGUCCAUGGAAGUGGCUACUGUGGGGAUGGGAUCAUCCAGAGGGACCUUGGGGAAGAGUGCGACGACAUGAACAAAGUCAACGGAGAUGGCUGUUCCCUAUUUUGCAAGCAGGAGUUAUCCUUUAAAUGCAUUGAUGAACCAAGUAGGUGCUACUUCCAUGAUGGUGAUGGAGUAUGUGAAGAAUUCGAACAAACCACCAGCAUCAUGGACUGUGGAGUCUACACACCCAAAGGCUUCCUGGAUCAGUGGGCUUCGAAUGUUUCAGUCUCGCAUCAAGACGAACGUUGCCCAGGAUUGGUGGUGAUAGGCCAGCCCGCCGCCAACCAGAUCUGCCGAACCAAAGUGCCUGACUUCAGCGGUGGGAUUUCGCAGUAUGCCUGGUACCCUUGCACUGCCAUGCCAUUUUCUGGCUCACCCAUGCUGUUUUAUGGCCCACCUGUACACAAAACCGAUACCGUUUUUUGGCUCAAGAGUCACUUCUCACAACCCAUGGUAGCUGCUGCUGUCAUUAUCCAUCUUGUUACCGAUGGGACGUGGGCACAGAUGGACCUGGAUCAGAAGGAAGAAGCCAUUUCCGUGCAACUGAUUGACACCAAAAACCAAAGCCAUGACCUCGGGACCCACAGUCUGAGCUGCCGGAAAAAUCCCUUGAUCGUGCCCGUCAUUCACGACCUCAGCCAGCACUUCUACCACACCCAGGCCAUCCUCGUCACCUUUAGCUCUCCGUACGUUGCCAUCUCCGGGGUGGCCCUUCGCUCCUUCCACAACUUUGACCCCAUCACUGUCAGCAACUGCCAGAGUGGACAGACCUAUAACCCUGCUGAACAGAGCUGUGUCCAUAACUCUUGCGAAUCUGCUGGCUGCCAAGAGCUGGAGAUCGAGAACGCCGAGCUGAGCUUCACCGCCAAGGGACGCAAUCAUGGUGCCCAUUGCAACGUCACCUGCAAGACAGGGUACAUCCUCCAGAUACAGAGGGACGACGACCCCGCAAGGCGCCAGCUAGAGGCUAGCGUCACCCUGACAUGUGUGGAUGGCAAAUGGAACAAGCAGAUCUCCUGUGAACCCAUUGAUUGUGGGAUCCCGGAUCAGUAUCACGUCUAUCCGGCCACUUUCAACUGCAGCGAAGGCACCACCUUCGGCAAGAAGUGCUCCUUCACUUGCAAACCUCCUGCCCAGCUUAAAGGAACCAACAGUGACCUGACAUGCUUGGAGGAUGGACUGUGGUCCUUCCCAGAGGCCCUCUGCGAGUUGAUGUGCCCGACUCCCCCGCUGAUUCCCAAUGCAGACUUCCUGACUUCCCGCUGCCGUCAGGAAAAGCACAAAGUUGGGUCCUUCUGCAAGUACAAAUGCAGACCAGGUUAUCAUGUUCCAGGAUCCUCUCGGAAAGCAAGAAAGAGGACCUUCAAAAUCCAGUGCACCCAAGAUGGAACUUGGCUCGAAGGGGCUUGCAUCCCUGUCACCUGCGACCCACCACCUUCCAAGUUCCACGGGCUCUACCAGUGCACGAAUGGCUUCCAGUUCAACAGUGAGUGCCGGAUCAAGUGUGCCGAAGAGGACGGCCAAUCUGGUCAGGAGAACAACGUGAUCCAUUGCCGAAGAGACGGCACCUGGAGUGGUUCAUUUCACCUCUGCCAAGGGAUGCAAGGAGAAUGUGCCCACCCCAACAAGCGGGGCAGCAGCCUGAAGCUUCAGUGCCCGGAUGUAUAUGGAAUAGGAGCUGAGUGUACCAUCUUGUGCCUGGAUCAUCACACUGAACCCAUUGUGUUACCUGCCAACGAGACAGUAGAUGACAUCCAACACUGGAUGAAGCCUCCAAGAGUGAAGAACAUCGUCUGCACUGCCGAACUGAAGUGGUAUCCACAUCCGGGACUGAUCCACUGCCACAAGAGUUGUGAGCCUUUCAUGGGAGAUAACUAUUGUGACUCCAGCAACAACCGAGCCUUUUGUAACUACGACGAAGGAGACUGUUGUGCCUCGACAGUGAAGACGAAAAAGGUCAUCCCUUUCCCAAUGUCCUGCGACCUGCAAGGCGACUGUGCUUGCCUCGAUCCGGAUGCUGAAGAGCACAAAGAGCAGAAUCAUCGGCACGGUUUCAGCUUUGGAUAGGUAACCUGCGGUGCCCAAGGAAUGCCAAAGGCAGGCAAGGAAGAGGCGUCAUUGUAUCCCCUCCACUCCCUCUUUUUUUCUUGGUUUCGUUUCUCAAACCGUUUUGGCUGCUCAACUCAAAUGGCGUCACUCCACCAGGUCCUUUAGAAUUCAACUAGACUGCCUUUACUUUACUUUUCCCAUGGAGAACUGAUAUAAUAUACCUGGGGCGGGGGGGGGGGGGGGGGUUAGGAUUUUAUUGUAUUAAAUGUAUUCUACUUGCAAGAUCAAGCAAAACAAACAAAAAAACAGGAAAAAAAAGGUUGAGUGAAAGAGGAGCUUUAAGCAUCUGGGUGGAAAAAAGAAAGAGAAGCACGAAUUGCACCGUUCCGCAUCCAUCGUGAUUGGAACGGCGCCUGGUCGAAGUCAUGAAUUUGUACAUCACUUUGGGUUCAGUUUUGCCUUUCUUUCCUUCCAGAAUAAGGUGAGGCCAAAGCCAUAUAUAAAUAUAUAAAUAUAUAUACCUACUAUUUAUGGAAAGAGAUUAGGGAGAGGGAGAACACAAAGAGGGUACCAGAAGACCAGCGGGUCUUUGCUCUUCUCCAAUGUUCACAACAUCUUUUUGUCAAAGGAUCGGACCUUGGUGCCCUUGGUGCCGAAUGCUUCCAUGGGCUUCUCUAUGGGUGGUGCUCUGGAUGAGCAAUUUGUGAGAAGGUGAGGAGGGUUAAAAAAAAAGGAAGAAUGCUUGCUUUGCUGACUUGGAAGGUUGACAAGUCAGUACUUGGUGGGUCGGGUUGAGACAAAGAGCUAAGGGAUGGAAAGAUGGAAGCUUCUGACCAGGGUUGAAGGACUGGAGUCUCACUGCACAGGGAUCAGAAAAGAAGACGAGAACGAAGAAGAAGAAGAAGAAGAAGAAGAAGAAGAAGAAGAAGAAGAAGAAGAAGAAGAAGAAGAAGAAGGUCGUCAAACAAACCUCCAUACUGCUGCUGCUACUCCUGCUGCUGCUACGUCCCAUACAACUCAUUCCUUUACUGUGUCAGGAACAGGGUGCUGUUCGUUCUCUAAAACAACCAAACGGUCUGCCUUAAACCUCUUUACCUACUGCCUGCUUUCCAAACCUCCGUGGGUGUUUUGUUUCUUCCUCCUCAAGAUACCCAAGGCAAGAAGGGCCAAAGGGGGGGGGGGGAGGAUAAGAUGCUAGCCAGAGGAAACCAACCAAAACACAAUUCCUCCGCUGUUCUUUUCGUUCCAUCUUGUUACCCAGUCCUUUAUUUCUCACACAUUUUCGUUUUGCAUGUCUUUAGAUCAGGCAUGGGCAAACUUUUUUUGCCUUGGGGCCGCAUUGUGGGCCCCGAGAGAGUAGCCAGGCACAUGCUGGGUGGGAUGGACUCAGGAAGGCCUGGGAGAGAGCGGAGCCAGGAGGGGGUGGGUCAUUCUCAGGUUGUCCUCCUGGCAUAAGGACAAGGCUGCUCACCCCAUCCUUAUGCCGGGAGGAACAUGAGACAUGUUUGCGACUGCCCUGAUCCUCCUCCCCAAUACUCCUCCCUCAAUAUUUGGACUGUUCCCUCUGCAUUAUGCCGAGAGGAGAGUGAGGCAGGCGACCUCCGAGAGCACCCCAGAGGGCUCUCAGCAGCUGCGUACCUCAAGCUGUCCUCCCAGCACACUGUUCUUAUGCUGGGAGGAAAACAAGACAUGUUUGUAACUGCCCCGAUCCUCCUCCCUCAAUAUUUGGACUGUCCCCUCUGCAUUAUGCUGAGAUGAGAGUGAGGCAGGCAACCUCCGAGAGCAUCCCAGAGGGCUCUCUACAGCUGCGUGCCUUUCUCAAGCUGUCCUCCCAGUAUAAGGACAGGGUUGCUGACCCCAUCCUUAUGCCGGGAGGAAAAUGAGACAUGUUUGUGACUGCCCCGAUCCUCCUCCCCAAUACUCCUCCUUCAAUAUGACGAGAGGAGAGUGAGGUAGGUGACAUCUGAGAGCACCCCGGAGGGCUCUCAACCGCUGCUUGCCUUCCUCAAGCCAUCCUCCCAGCAUAAGGACAGGGUUGCUCACACUGUUCUUAUACUGGGAGGGAAACAAGACAUGUUUGUGACUGCCCCGAUCCUCCUCCCCAAUACUCCUCCUUCAAUAUUCAGGCUGUCCUCUCUGCAUUAUGCUGAGAAGAGAGUGAGGCAGGCGACCUCCGAGAGCAUCCCAGAGGGCUCUCAACAGCUGCGUGCCUUUCUCAAGCUGUCCUCCCAGUAUAAGGAAAGGGUUGCUCACCCCAUCCUUAUGCCGGGAGGGAAAUGAGACAUGUUUGUGACUGCCCUGAUCCUCUUCCCCAAUACCACUUCUUCAAUACUUGGGCUCUCUGCAUUAUGCCGAGAAGAGAGUGAGGCAGGUGAUGUCUGAGAGCACCCCGGAGGGCUCUCAACCACUGCGUGCCUUUCUUAAGCUGUCCUCCCAGUAUAAGGAAAGGGUUGUUCACACUGUUAUUAUGCCGGGAGGAAAAUGAGACAUGUUUGCGACUGCCCCGAUUCUCCUCCCCAAUACUCCUCCUUCAAUAUUCAGGCUGUCCUCUCGGCAUUAUGCUGAGAAGGGAGUGAAGCAAGCGACCUCCGAGAGCAUCCUGGAGGGCUCUCAACCACUGCGUGCUUUCUCAAGCUGUCCUCCCAGUAUAAGGAUAGGGCUGCUCACACCGUUCUUAUGCCAGGAGGAGGGCAAGACAUGUGGUGGCUGAGAGCACUCCAGAGGGUUCUCAGCUGCUGCAUGCCUUCCUCUCCCAUUCUUUCUGUAUAAGGAUGUGGUGGGUCACAGCUGCUUUCUGCCAAGGAGACAGGGAAAUUGAGGAGGGUCUGAGGUCCCCGCAUCCAGACCCCAGGCCUUAGUUUGCCCAUGCCUGCUUUAGAUAGUGACAUCGUCAAUUCAGGUUGACAACAUGGCACCUUGAAGAUGGACACAGUUUUAUUUGACGUAAGCUUUGGUGACCACCAUCUGAUGGAGGAAGGUGGCAUCUAUGAAAGCUCAUGGUAAAUGAAACUUGUUAGCAUCUAUAACAGUGGUUCCCAACCUUUGGGUCCAACAGGUGUUUUGGACGUCAGCUCCCAUAAUUCCUAAGACCUGGUAAACUGCCUGGAAUUUCUGGGAGCUGAAGUCCAAAACACCAGGAGGACCAAAGGUUGGGAACCACUGUUCUAUGAUGACACAAGACUUUGACUGGAAUCCUUUUGGUGAAUAGAAGCUAUUCCAGGACUAGUACCAGGAGGUCACAAUCUCGUUCAGAAGUGCAUAGUACACAUUAGAAUUGUGCAAGCACAUCAGAAAAGCUCAGUGUGCUUCACAAGUGCCCAACGAACAUCUCAAGUGCCUGAUACACAUUUCAGUCUAGACAUGUAUCUUCACAACUCACUAACAAGCCUUCAUUGAGUUUCUACGGAGUCAUAAAGUUGUAAAACAUUAUAGACUUAUAAUAUAGACUUUUGAUCCUGGAAAGAAGAACUAUCUUCUUACCAAACAUACUUGGUUGGUGGCCAUUUAUAUUUUUAUAAACUAAGAGGAGGAAUUUUCAAACCCGGAAAUAGUCCUUUGGAAGCAGGCUUCAGCUACCUCCAUUCCAGUGUCACUUGGUUGUAACUGUCGGUUUGUUCUAGGUUUUACCUGUGUUUUGUUUAUGUCUUUCAAAAAGGAAAAGAAAGGGGAAUGAGGGGGAAAGAGUGAUGAAAGUCAAGCUUUGAUUUGGGGAGUUCUGUUCUCGGACCUGAACGAUUGCCAAAAAAAACAAAACAAAAACAUGCUUCUUGCUGCGGUUGAUUUUGGUGGCACUUGGGAAAAAGUGGGGAGAGAGCAAUGUAUCUUUGCAAGGUGGUACAGAGAAAUGUGAGAGGAAUGAAUUGGCAAUUGCUUCUGGUAUGUUGGAGUGUAUGUGCGUGAUUCAUGAAACAUCCAAAUGUGCCAACCACAGCCUAAAUUCUUUUGAGGCAUCUCAAUUAAUUUAGAUCCAUUGUAUUCAUUGUUGAAUACAUAAAUAAAUUCUGCUAAUUCAGUGGGUCCAGAGGAACUACAAGAUCUAGGUCCAAGGAGAAAAUUAUUAGUGGUCCCUGAUCAAAAAAUAAUGUUGGGAACCAUUGCUUUAAAAAUCAUGCGGGUGUUCCUAAUGUUGUGGGUAAAACGUUCAUCCAAGAUUAUGAGAAGUUUUAAGAAAAAGUGAAAGAUUGGGUUCCUUGUCAAAGCUUUUUUGACAAAUGGGUCCUGAACUGCAAGUGGUUUUCAAAACCAUUUCAUACUUGCGAUCUUAUUUCUCUGCAAAAUUCACAUAUUCUGCAUGAAAUAUAUUUCAAUUGGGGAUUGGAUUCUGUAUCAAAUUUGGAUGUGUUUUUUGUGCAGAGAAGACAUUUUCUGUGCAGAAAAUAUUCUGCGCAAAAUAUAUUGCCAUUGGGGAUUAGAUUCUGUACCAAAUUUGGAUGUGUUUUUUUGUUUCUGUGCAGAAAAUAUUCUGCACAAAAUAUAUUGCCAUUGGGGAUUAGAUUCUGUACCAAAUUUGGGUGUGUUUUUUGUGCCGAGAAGACAUUUUCUGUGCAGAAAAUAUUCUGCACAAAAUAUAUUGCCAUUGGGGAUUAGAUUCUGAACCAAAUUUGGAUGCCUUUUUGUGCCGAGAAGUCAACAUUUUCUGUACAGAAAAUAUUCCAAUUGGGGAUUAGAUUCUGUACCAAAUUUGGAUGUGUUUUUGGUGCAGAGAAGACAUUUUCUGUGCAGAAAAUAUUCUGCACAAAAUAUAUUGCCAUUGGGGAUUAGAUUCUGUACCAAAUUUGGGUGUGUUUUUUGUGCCGAGAAGACAUUUUCUGUGCAGAAAAUAUUCUGCACAAAAUAUAUUGCCAUUGGGGAUUAGAUUCUGAACCAAAUUUGGAUGCCUUUUUGUGCCGAGAAGUCAACAUUUUCUGUACAGAAAAUAUUCCAAUUGGGGAUUAGAUUCUGUACCAAAUUUGGGUGUGUUUUUGGUGCAGAGAAGACAUUUUCUGUGCAGAAAAUAUUCUGCACAAAAUAUAUUGCCAUUGGGGAUUAGAUUCUGUACCAAAUUUGGGUGUGUUUUUUGUGCUGAGAAGACAUUUUCUGUGCAGAAAAUAUUCCGCACGAAAUAUAUUGCCAUUGGGGAUUAGAUUCUGAACCAAAUUUGGAUGCCUUUUUGUGCCGAGAAGUCAACAUUUUCUGUGCAGAAAAUAUUCCAAUUGGGGAUUAGAUUCUGUACCAAAUUUGGAUGUGUUUUUGGUGCAGAGAAGACAACAUUUUCUGUGCAGAAAAUAUUCUGUGCGAAAUAUAUUGCCAUUGGGGAUUAGAUUCUGUACCAAAUUUGGAUGUGUUUUUGGUGCAGAGAAGACAAUAUUUUCUGUGCAGAAAAUAUUCUGCGCAAAAUAUAUUGCCAUUGUGGAUUAGAUUCUGUACCAAAUUUGGAUGUGUUUUUGUGCCGAGAAGACAACAUUUUCUGUGCAGAAAAUACUUUGCGCAAAAUAUAUUGCCAUUGUGGAUUAGAUUCUGUACCAAAUUUGGAUGUGUUUUUGUGCCGAGAAGACAUUUUCUGUGCAGAAAAUACUUUGCGCAAAAUAUAUUGCCAUUGGGGAUUAGAUUCUGUACCAAAUUUGGAUGUGUUUUUGUGCCGAGAAGACAUUUUCUGUGCAGAAAAUACUUUGCGCAAAAUAUAUUGCAAUUGGGGAUUAGAUUCUGUACCAAAUUUGGGUGUGUUUUUUGUGCAGAGAAGACAACAAUUUCUGUGCAGAAAAUAUUUUCUGUGCAGAAAUAUAGUUUUUUUUGUAACAAAGGCACUUUCUGUGCCAAAGAAAAAUUGUACUUUUGUACAGAAUAAGUGAAGAGUCUCAUCCGUCCAGGAUUCUUCUCGUCAGAGUGUCCCAAUAAUUGAUAAAUGAAUUUUGGAAUAUUUUACCAUUCAUAGAUUUCAAUUUUGGAUAGUUAUACGGUUACCGCUUUUCCCUUUCCUAUGUUGUCAGAUGUCUAUGUGAGAGUCACGUCCCUCUGAUUUACGAAGAGCAAAAGAAGUGCAUUGUUUGUUUGGAUAUGUGUUGGUUCUGUUUGGACACUCCUCACCUGUAUAUAAUCAAUAAUAUGCUUGUCAGUAUUUCUCAGCUCUCCUAACUGUAGACACUAAAUUUUAAAUAAUUAGACUAAACCAGUAAUACAUAAACACACAAAAACAUACUAAGGAGAAGAAAACAACACAAGGCUGCUAAAGGAGACUGAAAUACCCUCUUUGGAGCAACAUCUCUCCCUUCCUCCCUUUUAUUGUAUUAUUACUGUAUAUACUUCGUGUUGCCCAGGUGUUGUUGGGGAUGCUGCCUACUUUCUCCCUUCUCCAGCUCUGAGAGGGCCUACCUCACAAUGUCUCCAUGGCAACAAGGCUCUUUCCUACCAUCCGUCCUUCCUUCUUUCCCAGGGACAUCACAGAGGGCCACUUCACCUAGCAACAGCCAAUCUAGUGACAUCACAGAGGGCUACUUCACCUAACAACAGCCUUUGUGGUAGAAACAGACUUUGACUUUUAUAUAUAGAGAGAGAAGAUAACAGAAAUAGUAAUAGGAAGGUUCAUCCAACCUCAGAAUGCAGGGUAGCUGGAGAAAUCAAGCCCAAUCCUGUCAAUCAUCAACAGAGAUUCAUGAAAAGGAUGACUAAUAACGUAAUAAAUACAAUAUAUUUUCUUAGUCUUGUUUCAGACAGCACAUUGAGAUCUGAAUUGUUUGCUCCCUUACACAUCACACAGACUCUACCUCCAGCUAUUUCUGGCUUCAUUUGCCCAAAGACUCCAAGAGAUCAAAUCCAGGUUGUGGUCACCUAGACGGUAUUGACUGCCAAGCAGUAUGUGCUAUUAAUGGGUGAAUUGAAGUUCUUGUGGGCCGUCCUUUGUACAAGGAAUGAUAAUAGCAUUAGCAACCAUUCAGUUGCCAUGCCAUGAGUUCAUACUUGGUAUAGGUAGCCAGGUCUAAUUUAGUGAGUGGAAUUGGACAUUGUUUCCUUGUGACAUCUUACUAUGGAGUAGAGUUGUGCAUGGAAUUUGUUUCUCCUGUUUCCUUCGUUUCUUUCAUUUCUUUGGGAGCACGGAACAGGAAGGCCCCUCUUGCUAUGGAAAUCAGCUUGACACAAAAGCAAAGCAUCACAGAGUAAGAGGUGCUCAACUGCAGGUCCUGGCAGGCAUGCACACUUUCUGGGCCUGCACGCUGCAUGCACACUCUCUUUCCAAUAAUAAUAAUAAUAAUAAUAAACCUUUAUUUAUACCCUGCCACCACGGGGACUCGGGGCAGCUCACAUUGUUACAAGAGUAACAACACAAAUACAUUAGCACAAUAUACACAGGUUAAAACUCAAUAAGGUAAUAAAACAAAAAUUAAUACAACAGUAAUAAUAUCUAACAACCACCAAUACAAUUCAGUCAAACUUCAUAGGUGGGGGGGGGGGGGGACUGCAGCAGCAAUAUAAAGAUAGAAUCGUUAGAUUAAAAUACCCAGAUAAGAGGGACCUAGUAAAAUUCAGAAUAGAAUUAUAAUGAGGCAGGUCAUCCAAUGGCUGUCUCUCCAAAGGCCGACCUUAAACAUCCAAGUUUUCAAUUGUUUCUUAAAUAGAGAGGGCGCCAACCUGAUCUCCCUAGGGUGUCAGCUCUUGAAAGCUAUAGGACUCAAUGCAGGCUCACACAGGCAGUUACGUGGAAACGCUUUAUUGAAGACCUUCUUUUCAAGUUGAAAACAAAGCUAGAACUAACGUAUUCCCGCCAAACCCCGAGUAUAUCUACCUCCUACCUCCCCCCCCUUUCCAUAUUCACACAUAUCUGUUAUGUAGUCCCUUCCCAGGCUUGAAAAUCCAGAGCAGGCCAUAAAACCCAUCCUCCUAGACACAUGGCCCUUAUCAUUUAGAUUAUCUCCCAGCCCCCCAUUGCUCUGACGGGAUGUGGAGAGUUCAGCUGUUAUGAGUACUGGGCUUUCACAUCCUGACAUAGGGAGUGCGUAUGUGGCGUGCAGGAGUGUCUGCGCCUGCCAGGGCCUGCAGCAGAGCACCUUUUACUCUAAACAACAGAUAAGAAGAAGCCUCCUUAAAACACACAUUGGUAAGGAGAGCCAGGGUGGGAAGCCCCCACAUAAUGGGCUGAUAGAAAACAGAUCUCCUGGGCUGCUUUUCAGGAUCACAGAGUAAGAGGUGCUCAGCUGCUGGCCCUGGCCCUGCACACUUUCUGGGCCUGCACGCUGCACACACAAUCUCUUUCCAAGAGUGCGUAUGUGGUGUGCAGGAGUGUCUGCGCCUGCCAGGGCCUGCAGCCGAGCGCCUUUUACUCUAGAGUAUAAACAACAGGUAAGAAGAAGCCUCCUUAAAACACACAUUGGUAAGGAGAGCAAGGGUGGGAAGCCCCCACAUAAUGGGCUGAUAGAAAACAGAUCUCCUGGGCUGCUUUUCAGGAUCACAGAGUAAGAGGUGCUCAGCUGCUGGCCCUGGCAGGUGUGCACACUUUCUGGGCCUGCACGCUGCACACACAAUCUCUUUCCAAGAGUGCGUAUGUGGCGUGCAGGAGUGUCUGAGCCUGCCAGGGCCUGCCGUCGAGCACCUUUUACUCUAGAGUAGAAAAAACAGAUAAGAAGAAGCCUCCUUAAAGCGCACACCGGUAAGGAGAGCCAGGGUGGGAAGCCCCCACAUAAUGGGCUGAUAGAAGCUUUUCAGCAUCACAGAGUAAGAGGUGCUCAGCUGCAGGCCCUGGCAGGCAUGCACACUUUCUGCGCCUGCACGCUGCACACACACUCUCAUUCCAAGAGUACGUAUGUGGUGGCAGGAGUGUCUGUGCCAGCCAGGGCCUGCAGCCGAGCGCCUUUUACUCUAGAGUAGAAACAACAAGUAAGAAGAAGCCUCCUUAAAGCACACAUCGGUAAGGAGAGCCUGGAUGGGAAGCCCCCACAUAAUGGGCUGAUAGAAAACAGAUCUUUUGGCACCCCAGAGCGAAAACAGAUAUCUGCCCUCCUGAUUUUGGGAGACUCCCAAAAAUGGGUCGGGGUCCCCACCAAAGGCCAGGACACAAGAUGGAUCUAAGAUCUGUUUUCCAUAAAAGGAAAGAAUCCACACAUAGCAUCCAACUCUGCCCAGCAUAGGACGUUUCUUUGUUUCCAUCCCAAAAUUAUAGCUUGUCUUCUAUUAAGUAGGGUUCUUAGGGCGGAGGGAUUGCCGUAAGGUGUGUAAGAGAGCAAGCUUUCUUUCAUCUAGCCCGGAAAACCGACCCCUUAUUAUAUCUAUAUACUACUUUGAAAUAAAACUGUGAUCUCUUCUAACUAUGUUUUCUAUCCAAUUACUCCUCUAUUACCCAACACUCCUCCAUAUGGCUAUACCGUAUUGUAUCGUUCUAUUAUUGCUAUAGCUAUAAAAGUUAUUAUUUUUGUAUUGUAAUUUGAUUUACGGAAUCUGUUGGUUGUGGGAGGGGGUGGGGUUGGACGUCAAGCUUAAAGUCCGUGUCAACCAAUACUCCAAAGAGAGAGAGAUUGAGAACGAAUGAGUGAGUUUUGGGACUGUUUUCCUAAGAGUUCUUUACUGUUCUACUGUAUACAAUGAGAGUUUGGGAGAAAGAAAGAGAGAGAGAAAGAGAGAUUGCGUGUGAAAGAGGAACAUUAUGAAGACAAAACAAAAACAGUUAAAACCUUAUCUCUGUACCUCACGCCUGUAAGUUUGCUGCUCCUGGUUGUUCUAUUGUUUUUGUUUUGUUUGCUGCAGUUUGUUUGUUUUUUUAACAGAUCUAAUUUAAAAUCUCCAAGCAAUAUAUAAUGAUGUAAAUAGUAAAAAAAAAAGCUUAUUUAUUAAGAUUGUCAUCUUUUUUAAAAAGUAUAUUUACACAAUUGUUCAUCUAAUUUAUUAUUAUUUUUAGUACCGUUCUUUUUUGUCUACCGUUGUCCCAGUGUUUUCUUUUUUCAGGUUGUAUUAUUGUUAUUGUGAUUGUGAAUGGCUGGCACUUUGUUAUUUGCCCUCGGUAGAGCUGUUCCAUUGAAUAAUUUGAGAUUGUACCUAUGUGUCGACUUCUCGUUCAACAAUUGCUCGAAUGGGUCGACUCUAGUCAGGAGGUGCCUACAGAAUGUCAGUCAUUAUUAUUAUUUUAUAAAGCCAUUUUUAUAGGUCUGUUAUAAAUCUGUUUUUAAACCAUUGCUCUUCCCAUCCAACUUGUCCUCUUUUUUUAAUUUUUGUUUUUCCUGAGAACUGGUUACAUUCCACUUAUAUUUUUUACGAAAAAAAAUUAUCAAAAUACAUUAGAACUAUUUUCCCAUUGUCUAUUCCUGUAUGUUAAAAGUUCUAUAUUAUAUAAAUAUAUAAAUAUAUAAAUAUAUACAAUACCUUGUAUGCACCGAUAUUGAACAGUGUGGUUUUUGUAUAUAUUAUCUAAUACCUUCAUAGUCAUGACUCACAUGCAUAGAUGGUCCGGGAGAUGAAAAUCUCAAAAGCAACAAAUACGAGCUUGUAUUAAAAGAGUUCUGAACGAAAA